AUGUCCAAAAUCGCCAGCACCGAUAGCAGCGAAUCUCGCCAGCGGACACACACCCAUCUUCGUAUUCAAGACCUAGAAGAAGGCAGCAUCGAGCCUAAACAUAGUCCUGGCAACCUGUUAUCUGCUGGAGCAGAAUCCCGCCGGAGUAGGCUCAGCAGUAGCCGUCUACAGGAACUCGGUCAGGAGCUUGGCGAGGCAUUCAAAUUCCAAGAAAACAAGGAAGAAUUGGUUAAAUUUUGGGAUCAAUUUACGAGGAAAGGGAAAAGGAAUAUCGGAGUCUUGGAAAGUUUAAACGCCAUAUUCUGGUCAUCAUGGCUCAACAUAUUUCUGUUCUUCAUCCCGGUUGCUUGGGUUUCUCACUUCUUGCACUGGAAUGAUACACUUACAUUUUCCCUCUGCUUUUUUGCAAUCGUUCCGCUGGAGAGACUCUUCGAUUACGGGGGAGAGCAGAUGGCCUUUUAUCUUGGGAAGGAGCUGGGAGAUCUGGUUGUUGUAACGCUCAAUAAUGCCGUAGAAGCCACACUCGCUAUCAUCCUUCUCAAAAAAUGCGAGUUAAUAUUGUUGAAGUCAACUAUCAUCGGCGUUGUUAUUCUACAUCUAUUACUUGUACCUGGCACAGCGUUCGUCAUUGGGGGAGCACGGAUAAUUCAACAAGACCUGCAUCCUCAUUCAACUCAACUCAACCACUCCCUUCUGACUCUUGGGGUCCUGAGUUUACUUAUCCCGGCAUCUUUUUUCUCUGCUAUCAGCGGUGCGCUGGAUGUCAACAAUAAGGCGGCUGUAGUGACAGCGGUCGAUGACAACACUCGACACAGUUUCUUGCAGAUGAGCCGAGGCCUUGCGGUAUUAUUGCUCUUCGUUUACCUCUGUUCUCGGAUCUACCUCCAUAACCCUCCUGGCGAUAGUAAUGACCUCACCCGUGUCACUGUUUCUGAAGCACCCGAAGAAUUCAAGGAGCACGUUGCACAUUUGAGAAACGAUGACCCGGAAGUAAAUCAAUGGGUGUGCAUGUUGAUGCUUGCCAUAUGCAUCGCGUUUAUGGCUACAACGGCAGAAUAUCUUGUCGAAUCCAUCGACUUUGUACAAAAAAGCCACAGGAUCAAAGUCGAGUGGUUCGGCCUGAUAUUGCUGCCAUUUGUAUCUUUUGCAGCAGAUGGCACUGUCGCUGUUGUGUAUUUUGUCCGAUACAUGUUUAGACACAUCUUCCACGAGCCCACUCCCCCGACUACUUUAGCCAAAGGAGAGGCUAUUGACCUCAGCAUCCAAUUUACGUUGUUCUGGAUGCCCCUUUUGGUCCUCAUUGGCUGGUGGACUGAUAAACCACUGAGCUUACUCUUCGAAACUUUCGAAGUGGCAGUCCUGUUGGGAUCCUGUUUCCUUGUCAACUAUGUCACUGCGGACUCCAAAACAAACUGGGCUGAAGGCAUUGCCAUGGUCGCUUUCUACCUAAUGAUUGCUGUAUGUUCAUGGUUCUAUCCAGGCCAGGUAGAAAUCAAACUUCUGUCGACUUGUAACAGUGUGCAGGCAGCGAUUGAAGAGUUUGCGGCCACUGGGCUCGUGGAAUAA